AUGAAGCCACAGAGGAUGAUCACCACUAUCACACUCCGCCAUACGCCAUACUACGUCCGGAGUUACAUCCAAGAAACCCCAAAUCCCGAUCCCCACAAUCCCACACCACCCAUACAGCCGAACAAGAGCGAGGAGGGCCUCAAAUCAAUGAACCUCUACCGUACCGUCAGCUCGCCACCACCAACCAUAUCGUACCAGAUUCCGACUGCAUCGUCCAAAGCCCUGCCCUCCUAUCUUUCCAUCCGAUCGAUCACAUCCCGAUCCCACCAACCAACCAUCGUCGAUAACUCCCCUCACGACCCGUGCAUACUUACCUCUAAUUCGCGGCUCGCCACACCGGCGGAAACACUCAAUCAAUCCUGCAAUCCGGAGUACACAGACAGUUAUACCUACCCCAGCGGGACUGCGGUACUGGAUACUGGGUACUGGGUACUGGGUACUGGGUACUGGGUACUGGGUACUGGGUACUGGGUACUGGGUACUGGGUACUGGGUACUGGGUACUGGGUACUGGGCAAGGGUAUACUGCAGUGAGCAGUAA